AGACACGCCCUGGCGGCCUUUGAUGAAAUGAAGGAAGUGGGUCUUCAGCCCAGCGUCUACAGCAGCAGUGCCCUGGUACAAGCACUGGGACGUGCGCGGCAGUGGCAGCGAGCCCUGCAGAUCUUCGAGGACAGCUUGGAGCAAGUCGACGCGGAUUGCGCGCUCUACAGUAGUGCCAUGAAAGCCUGCGACAUGGACUAUGACAGGGUCUUGACGCUCAUGGAUGACAUGGUCGCAUCGGGUAUCAAACCUGAUUUGCAAAGCUAUGGCAUUGCGAUAGGAUCCUGUUGUUCUUCGCAGCAAUGGCAAGAGGCUCUGGAUCUACUUCUCCGCGCGGAAGAGGAAGACCUCGAACCCAACGCCAAGACAGUCUCCUUGGUGAUGAAGACCAUGACGGGACAAGAGCAGUGGGAGCGCUCUCUGCAGCUUUGGCACCGCUUCGGCGAGGCCGAGUUGAAGGUGGACGCCAUGGCCUUCACCACCGCUAUUCAAGCCUGUGCUCACGCGAAGCUUUGGCGCCAUGCCUUGGGCUUGCUGGAAGACAUGCAUCGGGAGGACUUGAACCCUGGUGCCAUUCCAACCAGUGUUGCCAUCAGCGCCUGCAACGGCGUGAGCGAAUGGGAGGUGGCGGUGGAAUUGUUUCGGAGUGCCAGGGAGUCCCGAGAAGCUAUGGAUUCCAUCAUUUACAACGCUGCCAUGCAGUCUUGUGGAGAAGGUGGUCUAUGGAAGGAAGCGAUACGGCUCUUUCAGCACUUGGAGGCAGACUUGACCAUGGCUCCCACGGCCCAGAGCUAUGGAGCCCUGAUGACUGCCAUGCACAAGAGCGGCAAAUGGCAAAAGGGGUUCGUGGCGUUCACGGCCAUGAAGGAAGCGAUGGCAAGAUCUCUGAAGGUCGAUGUCCUGGGCUUCAGUGCUGCCGUCAACGUGGCGGAGGCGGCGAAGAAGUGGCCCUUGGCGGUGCAUUUGCUGAUGCAGGAGAUGCCAGAACACAAGAUUGCGCCAGACACGCUCUCUUUCAACUCCGCCAUCAGUGCUGCAGAACGGUCAAGGAAGUGGCGUGUUGCCAUCGCUUUACUACAAGAGAUGAAGGACUUGGACGUGGCGCGCGACGUCGAGAGCUAUGCCGGGGCGAUUCUGGCCUGCGUGGCCGGAAAGCAAUGGUCCCGAGGGCUCAAUCUCUUAGACCUAAUGGCCUCAGAUGACCUGGGAGCUGAUGCGCAGAGCUACGGUGUGUUGCUGUCCGAGUGCGAACAGCGCUCCACGGGCAGCGAGUUGGCGGAGUCGGCCCUCUUGACGGCCUUAGCCGAGCGAGGCGCAGGCGUGUCAAGUUCCAGCAGACAACCUCGAUACGCCGCUCCGAGCAGCGAUGAGGCUGCAUCCGGCACAAAGGCACCGCCUUCGACGGCGCCGACAGCGCCGCGGCGCCGCGAGGCGGAGGAUUUCAAGCCAAUGCCGUGCACAUCGGCCAUGAAUGUGCGCAGAGUGAAGGGUCGGGCUGUGCCUGGACACACCCCUGGGCGCCUGGCACCCUUGGUGGACGCGCCCUUGCCCACGAUGCCUGCGCCCGGCCCGCUACGGGCGCCCAAGAUCUUCGUGCGCGCGGGGCAGCCCUACGCCAAGGAGCUUCGCUUGCUGCAGCACGUCAUGCAGAAAGCUCCGCAGGGGGAUCCGGCGGCCAUUUGUGAGGCCAUCGAAAAUUUCGGUGACGAAAUCUUGGUCCGCGGCAAAGCACGUUUGUGGCUCAAGAUUGCCGGUGGCAUCAAAACGGAUGUGCUCACAGCGGCCAUCAAAGGCGGCCCCUUGACCAGUGGCGACCUGCAAUGCAGCGUCCUGGAGAUCGGAGCUUACUGCGGAUAUUCGUCCACUCGCAUGGCAUUGGCACUUCCGGGUGUUCACAUCGCUUCCAUGGAAGUGGAUCCAGUGCACAUGAUCAUUGCCCGCAACGUGGUGUUGCAUGGCGGUUUGGCCGGCACCAUCGACGUGUGGACGGGCCACAGCAAGGACCUCCUACCACGGAUUCUGAAGCGCUAUGGCGGGGAAUUGAAAUUUGGUGCCGUGUUUAUGGAUCAGAAAGGCUCGCGCUACCAGGAGGACAUGCUGAAGAUGGAGUCUGAAAACCUGCUGCACCCGGGUGCCGUGGUGGUGGCGGACAAUGUCUUGAAACCUGGGGCUCCUCUCUUCCUGUACCAGAUUAUGAAUGGUGGACGCUACAACGCCCAAAUUGUUUCGCUCGAUGAGUUUGCCAUGCCAUCGGAGGAUUGGAUGUCCAUCAAUGUGAAGAAAUUGAAUGCGCCGCAGAAUGACACAGAGCCGCCGGAAGACUUGCAUCAACUGUCCAAAGAGACGGACCGCAUGCGAGAGCGCGCGGUAGGCCCAGGGCGCAGUGUCACGUAUGAGGAGUGGGCGGAGUUUGCCCAGGAUGUUAAGACGCGUUUGGCGCGGACCAACGUGACGCUGACCGUGGAUUUGCGCCCGGAAAGUAGCCGGGAUCGAGACGAUCUCUUCAGCGCAAAGUCCAAGUGACCAUCGGUUAAAA